CAAGAUGGCGUUGUCCAGGGCCGGGAUCCGUGGCGGUUCUGCGAUGAUGUUGUUGUACGGAGUCCGGCAGGCUGGAUUCUCAGGCGGCGUUAACAGCGCGAUAAAAACCUCGGUCCUGCUCAGGUCCAGCAGCCAGCAGUUAUGUGGGUUUUCCUCCAAGGCCAAGCACAGCGGCUGGGGCUCCCUCAUCGUAGGCAGGCUGAGGCUCGUCAACGAGAAAUACGAGCGAUUCCUGCAGAGGAACUUCCCCGCUUUUCACCAGCUCUACUGCACCUUCUUCAGAGGGCUUCGGCUGCUGCUGCAGGAUGGCUCGGAGGUGCGCAAGAUCAAGGUGAAGAUGGCGAGGCAGGGCCUGAGCAAGGAGCAACUCCCGUACCGUGACAUGGAGACGCUGCGCCAGUUCCGGAGAGACAUCAUCAAAGCUCUGCCUGUGGCCCUGAUCUCCAUCCCUCCCUUCGCUAACUACCUGGUGUUCGUGCUGAUGUAUUUCUUUCCUCGGCAGGUUCUGAUCCGACACUUCUGGACCCCGAAGCAGCAGGUUGAGUUCCAGCAGGUGUAUCACGGCCAGCGGGCCCGUCUGUACCCGCAGCUCGUCAGCUAUCUCACCAGAACCGCCCCGGAGGUGUCGGACCGGGACCUUCAGAGCGAGCUGCUCCAGCUCUGCAGCAAGGUGCAGGGGGGCGCUCACCCUGGUAUCAGUGAGAUCCAGGCCGUGCGACACCUCUUCACCGGACCCCCCCUGGGGAUGAAACGUCUCCAAGUGGAGCACAUGCGCUUCCUCAGCUCUCUCUUCUUCCUGACGUCCCGCCUCCCGGCCGCUCUGAUUCGCCGCCGGCUCUGGAGUCAUUCCGUGGAGCUGCUGCAUCUGGACCGCGCGCUGAGCAUGCUGGGAUUGCACCAGCUCUCUGACCCCGAGCUCAGAAACGCGUGUUACCUGCGUGGUCUGAACUCCACGUGUCUCAGCACUGCUCAGUGUCGAGAGUGGCUCUCCCAGUGGCUGCAGCUCUCCACGAGACUCAAAGCAUGGUCCUGCUCUCCAUGAACUACCCAAGCCAUUCCUGAGCGUUGGGGAGAGGUGGAGAGGGGGAGUCAGAGAGCUCCCUUGCAGCAG